AUGGCAGACAAUACAAAAGCUACAGGCAAGCAGCCUUCUAGCAGGUUGCUGGGCAUGAAGUUCAUGCAACGAUCGCUUGAAAAAGAAAAACAAGAAGAGCUCGAAAGAGAACGCAAGCGAAUUAUUACAGAAUCGGAAUGGGUUUUAGAAUACGAAAGUGAUGAGGUGCAGAAACCAAAAAUACGAGUUGACUAUCAACCAAGUUACCUUGCUUUCACAGAACCAGUUUCACAAGGACGUCAAUCGUUCAAAGAGUUUAACAAGAAAACAGAGGCUAUCGAAGAAGAAACAGCCCGGAGGAAGGACCAAGAACACCAAAAAAAUCUUGACAAAGCUUCGGAAUUGGAAGAAAACGAAACGUUGAACGAAAUGCAGAAACGGUUGCAGGAUCAGAUGAAAAAAGAUAAAAACAAGCGACCGAUGCUGACACGCAAGUUUGACAAUGACGACAACAAGCGACAUAAGCAAGCAUCAUCAUCAUCGAGGCCACCGGAACAAGGAUUUCACAGAGAACGAGGUUUCCUGAAACCCGAGUAG